GGUCACGUGACGGAGCGGCAACAUGGCGGCGCGCGGACGGUGACCGAGCAGCCCCCGCAGCGCGCCCCGUGUGCCCGGACCGUGCCCCCGCCAUGGUGACGGAGCAGGAGGUGGAGGCCAUCGGCCGCACGCUGGUGGACGCGGCGCAGCCUCUGCCCGCGCGGUUCCGGGCGCUCUUCACCCUGAGGAACCUGGGCGGCCCCGCGGCCGUGAACUGGAUCGGCCGCGCCUUCGGGGACGGUUCGGCGCUGCUGAAGCACGAGCUGGCCUUCUGCCUGGGCCAGAUGCAGGACGAGGCCGCCAUCCCCCUGCUCAUCCAGGUGCUGGAGGACACGGCGCAGGAGCCCAUGGUCAGGCACGAAGCAGGUUGGCAGCAGCUCCUGUGGCUCUGGGGGUGGGGAAGGGCUGGCAAGUGGGGCUUGGGGUUGCUUUCUCCCCUGUGCAUGAGCAGCUCAUAG